AUGAUGACCCCAGCUCCUCCCAAGGUCGUUCCCACAACUGAACCCACCACGACGACGACAGAAAUGACAACAACGACAACGGAACUGGCGACAACAACAUUGGAGCCAACCACCACUGAGGAACCAACAACUGAAGAACCGACCACCACGGAAAUGCCCACGACAACAGAAAUGACUCCCACAACUACUCAGAUGACGACAACCACGGUGGCUACCACAACCACGACGAAGGCCACGACCACGAUGAAGCCCACAACUACCACUACUGCACCUACAACUACGACUACCCAAACGACUACAACGACUACUAGAAGAACAACCACCACGCGUCCAACUACUACAACCUUGCCUCCGACAACAACUCCGGAUCCUUCAGAUACCAGAUACGCUGCAACGUCCACCUUCCACCUCUCGGACCUGCUGGCUGCGGGGACGCCCGUGUACAGCGACGGGCCGGUCCAUUCCUCGGAGGAAGGGCCAGAGGGCUUCGGUACUUCGGCAGACUUCGGAGACAACGAGGCGAAGCCCGAGCGCUCCUGCCUCAAGAUCGGAGAACUGACGAAAGGUGGCCGAAUGAGCAAGAAAGCCGUCGAGGAGCAGAACAAGUGCUGGAGGAACCCGGCCAACUGUAAACUGGGAUUUUCAGCAAGCAUCUUCGGGCAACUCAUUUUCAACAGGAAAGACGAAGGCAGACGAUAUCUGUACAGUACCGGAGGCGAUGAGGAGGGUACCCCCGGUGUGGCGGUGUACUACAAGGGCAUAUACCUGCACGCACUGGUGUCUACGGGGGAGCACCUGUGGAGGGUGCAUGUGGCUGGUCUGGUGCUGAACGACACCUGGAGCAAUGUUGCCUUUGCUUGGAAUGAAAAGGAAGGACUGGAUUUGUAUGUGAAUGCCAAGAGAGAAGCUUAUGUGAAGUAUCCAGAGAAAGUGCCCCCGCCGCCCCGGCAACCCAUGAAGCCCCUGCAACUCACAGUGGGGUGUCGUCGACUGGGCAAGGGCGUCUACGAAGACUUCGUCAGGGGCAAGUUGGACGAGUUCGUCAGUUGGCAGCAUAGAAUCGCUCCAGAGAACGCUUCGUUCUUCUUGGGAGGCAUGGGUGAGUUCUUCAUGUGCAACCCACCAAAACAUCCAAUGAAAUGCUCCACUGACAUGAAGAAACUUUUGAAGCAAUUGGACGACAUGGACAUGACAGAUUUGGACACUGCCAUGACAACAAUCCAGCACAUUGCUGAUGUAUCCAAAACGUCUGGCAAGGUCAAGCAAAGUGGUUCCAAGGAGUCGGGCAAAAACAAGGAUUCACUGGUGACAGAAGACCAAGAGGAGGAGGAAGAGGACCCUGAGAAGAAGAGGAGGAGCAAUCUACGGGACAUGAUUGCUAUCGUCAAGAAACUCGUCAACAAGACUGCCACGUCCUUUAAUCCCAGUGCUGAGCCGGAAGACCUAGGCGUGCUCUACAAAAUGCAAGAAAUUGUUAGUACAAUUUUUUCGGAGAGCAAUGCUGAUUUAUGGAAGGAGCUACAAGCAGAGGGAGAAGAUGGUGUUGCUUUGAGCAACUCGGUGCAGGACUGGGCCAUGUCCAAGCUGACGGAAUCCAAGGUGACCCCGGAAAAGGAAGUGGACUUGCUCAUGAUAUCAGACAAUGUUGCGAGUCAGAGCUUAAAAGGCAAUCCCAAAGACUUGAAGAAAAAGCACGCUCCUUAUCUCUAUUACCCGGAUUACGGAGAAAAUCCGAGGUGGGCGGAGCUAAGAAGGAAUUGGGGUGGAGCAUCCGACCAAGUACGAGUUCCAGUGGCUGUUUUCGGUGAAUCUGUGGAACCCGUCAGUGUUCAAUCUUUGUAUUACAAAACCUUUCACAAGAUGGCGUCUUUGCAGAAUUCUAUCACUGGUGCCAAUGUGUCGGGGAUCUUUCUGGACAGCCGCAUCAUCACAUUCGAUGUCAAACCCACCUACGAGAAAGAUGUCCUUCUUGAAGACCCCGUCAUCAUUUUCUUGGAGCACCAAAGACACAAAGCAAAUCUGCUGCGAGGGGAUUCAGCGGAAGAACUCAACCAACCAAAGAUCGGAAGUUGGGAAUGUGUACGAUGGUCGGAUUCCUUGGAAAUUCCGGAUGUUUCCAAACCUGGUGGCUGGACUUCGGAAGGGUGCACUGCUUUCAAUGCGACCGAGCUUUAUACAACCUGUUCAUGUGAUGCUCUAGGAAUGUAUGCACUUAUCGCAAUUCCACCCAUACCAAAGAAAUAUGUAGAACCAGAGGAUGAGGUGUGGGUGUUCGCGUUGCGCGGACUCGGAUACUCCUUCUCCAUCAUCGUCCUCAUUGCCUACAUCAGCGCCAUCGCCUGCAGACCGUGUCUACAUGAUCAGUUCCAUAUCAUCCGUCUAAACUUGUCCAUAGCAGCUGUCGGCACCAUGUUAUCUUUCUUCUCAGUGGACUUCAAGAGACAUGACCCGGAAUUCUGCCGCGUCUUGUCUGGCUUCAUUCAUUACUUCUACCUGUGCGUCGGAGUGUGGCUGGCCAUCCUGACGCACUCGCUCUUCAAGGGGUUCAUCAAGGGGGUUGUCGACGGCAGAGUGAGGUUCUACCUGCUCAUCGGCUGGGGAUUGCCUCUUGUGUGGGUCGGCGUAAUCGUUGCAUCAUCACCCAGUUACGGUUACGAGGACAGAUGCAUGGUGGGCCCAAGUCGAGGGAUGAGGUGUUCCUUGGCAUGUCCUCUGGCCUUCAUCAGUGUGAGCUCUCUCAUCUGGAGCGUCGUCAUCUGUUGUAAUUUAACUUCACCGCAGAUCAAAAGAGAAGAAGUCGUUCAAGAGCUUAACUCCAGCACCAAGAUGUUGUUCUUCGUGUCCUUGGCCUUUACUGGCAUUUGGAUCCCUGGACUCGUUGCUUGGCUGGAGAUGGAUUCGCACAAUCUCAGGGGUUGGAGGAAACUCUUCCAGAUAGCCAACUCGUGGAUGGGAGUCUUCAUCGUUUUUCUGAUGGGUUGCGGAUCCAACCAUUUUCGAUACGCAGUUUUGGAUAAAUAUUUCAAGUUUCUACGCACCAUUUUUCAUAGUAACGAAAUCAGCCCAACAAACAAUUUUAUAUAUACAAAUGGAUACCGCUUCGAAUACAAAAAUUAUUAUUACUGA